AUGGGAAAUAGCCAGGGAACAAAUAAUAAUCAAGAGGAAAAGAAGGAUAAAAAUGAGAGUAAACAUACCUCUCAUAGCCAGCCAGUCAGUUUCGGAAAGAGAAAGAAGAAAAUGAUGAGAGAUAUGGCGCCGGUGCGAAUACCAACAGUGAUGCCGUCGUCGAAGUGUAGGCUGCGGCUGCUGAAGCUGGAAAGAAUAAAGGACUACCUGUUGCUGGAAGAAGAGUACAUAACAAACAAGUCGCUGAACAAGCUGCUGAAGACGAAGAACCAAGACGACCUGAUCAAGCUGGAUGACCUGAGAGGGUCGCCAAUGAGCGUAGGAACACUGGAGGAAAUAAUAGAUGAAAACCACGCAAUCGUCACGUCGUCAAUAGGACCGGAGUACUACGUCACAAUCCUGUCGUUCGUGGACAAGGAGCUGCUGGAGCCAGGAUGCUCAGUGCUGCUGCACAACAAGACGCACAGCAUAGUGGGAAUACUGCUGGACGACGUGGACCCUCUGAUCUCAGUGAUGAAAGUGGACAAGGCGCCACUGGAGUCGUACGAUGAUAUCGGAGGCCUGGAAGACCAGAUCCAGGAAAUAAAAGAGGCAGUGGAGCUGCCACUGACGAGGCCGGAGCUGUACGACGACAUCGGAAUUAAGCCGCCAAAAGGAGUUAUCCUGUACGGGCCGCCAGGAACAGGAAAGACACUGCUGGCGAAAGCAGUGGCAAACGAAACGUCAGCAACAUUCCUGCGCGUGGUGGGAUCAGAGCUGAUCCAAAAGUACCUGGGAGAAGGACCGAAGCUGGUGAGAGAGAUGUUUAAAGUGGCGCAAGACAACGCGCCGUCGAUCAUAUUCAUAGACGAAAUCGACGCAAUAGGAACGAAAAGGUACGACGCGACAAGUGGAGGAGAAAAGGAAAUACAGAGAACAAUGCUGGAACUGUUGAACCAGUUGGACGGAUUUGACUCGCAAUCGGACGUUAAAGUUAUCAUGGCAACGAACAAAAUAGAGUCUCUGGACCCGGCACUCAUCAGGCCUGGAAGAAUAGAUAGAAAAAUAGAGCUGCCAAACCCGGACUCGAAGACGAAGAAGAAAAUAUUCGAAAUACACACGUCAAAAAUGACCAUGAGCAAGGACGUGGACCUGGACGAAUUCGUAGUGAACAAGGACGAACUGAGCGGAGCAGAUAUCAAGGCAAUGUGUACGGAGGCAGGACUGCUGGCGCUGCGAGAACGCAGAAUGCAAAUCACGCAGGCGGACCUGAGAUCGGCUAAGGAAAAGGUCCUGUACCAAAAGAAGGGAAAUGCGCCAGAUAUCCUGUACUGCUAA